AUGGACCCGUUUUAUAAAGCUUUAAUUAAGUUUCGGUGUCGGCGGUACGAUGAUUGUGUUCAAUUGUGCGGCGAACUCUUGGAGAGAAACUCUGUGGAUCAGAGUUUUAGGCCAAGAACAACGACAGGUCGUCCUCUCAGCGGAGUGUUGCGACCCGGAACCCAAAACACGGAAGUAGCGAGUGGCUCUAAGGCUCUGGAAACUGCCCUGAGAACCGGAAGAACAGCCAAGACGGCUCGACCUUGUUCCGCAGCUUCCGGAAGACACGUGCGACUUGGAACGGCGUCCAUGAUUUCCCAGCCCGAUGGUCCCUUUAUAAAUAUCGCUCGCUUGAACUUGUCCAAGUAUUGCUCGGAUGCUGGUCUGGCGAAACCGUUGUUUGAGUACAUUUUGUACCAAGAAAACGACGUCAAGAUGGCAUUGGAUUUGGCCGCCUUGGCCACAGAAGCCUGUGAAUUCAAAGACUGGUGGUGGAAAUACCAACUGGGCAAGUGCUACUACCGCCUCGGAUUGUACAGGGACGCCGAAAAACAAUUCCGAUCCAGCAUCAAACAACAGCCCAUGAUCUCGACUUAUCUUCACUUGGGCCUGGUUUGCGUUCGUCUGGACCAGCCCCUGGCCGCAGUUGACGUGUACAACGAAGGGCUGGAGAAGUUCAACCGGGAAGUGAGGCUGAUGACGGGCAUUGCGAGGAUUUACGAGGGACUCAACGAAUUGCAGAAGGCUGUCAGGGUUUACAAGGAAUUGCUGGUUUACGAAGCUACUAAUGUGGAGGCCAUUGCGUGCGUUGGGUUGCAUCAUUUUUACAAUGACCAGCCCGAGCUCGGGCUUAGACGAUUGUUGCAGAUGGGAAUUUAUAAUGCCGAGAUCUACAACAACAUCGCCUUGUGUUGCUUCUACGCCCAGCAAUACGACAUGACGUUGAAGUGUUUCGAGCGAGCGCUACACUUGGUCUCUGGUACC